UUCUAGAAGAUCGAUAAUACUGUUUAUUGGCAUAAGGCUAUGCGUGUCAGUUGGUUAAACCAUGGAAUUUAAUCUCUCAAAAUAAUAUUGAAGGAAUUCAAAAAUCGGACCCUUUUGACGGCAGCUUGCAGAGCCAUUCCACGAAUCAAUGGAAGCAAAAAGAACGAUCCUACUGGCAAAUAAUGGAACAAAGAGAGUACAACAAAUCUACUGCAUAGUUUUCUGAAGCUUGUUGAUGCCAGCACUAGCUAUCAAUGAGUUAGUAGACUAAGACACUUACACUGGAACAUGAGUCAGAUCUCGAAAGAACAAGAAGAAGAAGAAGUGUGGGAAGAAGUAUUUCAACUCUUUGACAAGGACAGAAAUGGACAUAUAUCUAGAGAUGAACUUGGGCGUGUGUUUAGAGCCCUAGACUUAGAUCCUUCCCAGAAAGAGCUGGAUCAAGCAUUGAAAGAACUAGAUAAAGAUGGGAAUGGUAUCUUUGAAAAGGACGAUUUUAAAAUGUAUUUAAAGAAAGUCAAACGGUCAAGUUAUGAUGAAAGAAAACAGGAAAUGAUGCAGGCCUUCAGCCUUCUAGAUAAGAAUAAUGACAAGUUCAUAGAUGCCAAGGAACUGAGCCAGGUAUUAACUUCCCUUGGAGAGGUCCUGUCAGAGGCAGAGAUUAAUGCUAUGAUCCAAGUUGCUGAUACAAACAAAGAUGGUAAAAUUGAUUACGAAGAGUUUGUGAAGUUCAUUUUAACCCCUUGCCUAUGAGCGUGGUAAAGAGACAGACAUUCAUUGUAUCACUGUGUACGUGAACGUAUCUCAGCCAACGAGCCACAAGAUUCAGCGCUACACAAACAAGUUGUUUAAAGGUUUUAAUAUAAGGCUACAGGCUAGUGUUGAUAGUCUGACACUCUCAAUAAAUUCAUGUAAUAAUGUA